AUGCUUGAACCAAGUUCAUAUAAUAAUCCUAAUUUUAAACAAACAAUAAAUGUUUUAUUUAAUUGGCUUAAUACAAGUUUAAGUAAAGAAUCGAUUAUAAUUCGAUCAUUUGAAGAUGAUCUUUAUGAUGGUUAUAUACUUGGAAAACUUAUCGAAUAUUAUCAACCAAAUAUUCGAUUACUUCAUCAUGAUAUACCAUUAUCAGAAGAAUCAAAAAAGAAAACACUUGAAUGUGUUCUUAAUUAUCUUGAAACAUGUUUUAAACAACAAAAUCAACCAAUUAAAUGGACAUUAGAACAAAUUUAUAAUCGAGAUUUUAUUGCUAUUUUACAUCUACUUUUAACUGUAAUCAAAUUUUUUAAUAUAAAAUCACGUUAUGAUUUACCAAAAAAUUUACUUUUAAAAGUAAUUGUUGUUAAAAAAACAAAUGGUUUAUUACAAACAAGAAUUGUUAAUGAAUGUUUUAUUGAUGAUCAUGAAAGAGGAUUAACAUCAGAUGCAUCUAAAAAACAAGGAGAUCUUAUCGAUACUUUAUUCGAUUUAGCACCAGAUAAAUUAGGUAAUGUUGAAAAAAUAUUAUUAAAUUUUAUAAAUAAUCAAUUAAAUCAUUAUAAUAUACAUAUAAAACAAAUCGAUAUACAAUAUUUUCAAGAUGGGUUAAAUUUACUUUAUUUAAUGUCUCAUCUUGAAAAUUAUUUUAUUAUACUUAAUAAAUAUCAUCAUAAAAAACCAUUAUCACGUGAACAAUCAUAUGCUAAUAUUCAAUUAGCUUUUCAACUUAUGAAUCAAGCUGGAAUUGAUAUUGAACAAUAUUGUCGAAUUAAUGAUCUUCUUACAGGAAAUCAAAGAACUUUAUAUCGACUUCUUUUUCAACUUUAUCUCAGAUAUAAUAAAGAUUCAAAUAAUUUAUUACAAUCAAUGACAUGUCUUCAACCUGUUCAUAUUGAUAGUCCCUUUCUAUGA